AUGCACGCUUUUGCUUCAUUGAGCGAACAAUGUAAUCGCAUUCGCGACCACCUAAAUGCUAGAGAGCGGGAAUGGGAAAGAGUUCAUUGCAUUUUACGCAAAAAGGACGCUCGCAGACUUCACGUCAGGCCGUCUGGGCAAAAAUCUGCCACCCCGCUAUUCAGGGAGCAAGCUUCCAAAACUAUCAAGCAUCUCUAUCUUCCAGAGGAGCGGGACGAUCCGUUGAGGCACAUGCGCGACCCCCGGCAUUUCAGCCAUUUGCAGAAGAUUGGUGCCGGCGCCUUCGGUAGCAUCUGUCUCGUCGAAAAUAGAAUCACGGGGAAGAAGAUGGCCAUGAAGUCGCUCCGUAGGAAAGAUAAUACCAGUGAGGAGAUCAAUUUGGAGAUCCGUGCUUUGCUGCGCGCUCAGGAGAGUGGAUGGUUCCCAAAGUUGCUGAGUACAUUUAUGGAUCCCGUCAACUUUUAUAUCCUGAUGCCAUUCUAUCCACUCGGGGACUUGUACACAGUCAUGACCUCUUCUGGAGGUUGUUUGAGUCGGGAGCUUUGUCGAUUCUACUUAGCGGAACUUAUUCUGGCAUUGCAGUGUCUCCACAAAAUCGGAAUAAUUCAUCGAGAUAUCAAGCCGGAUAAUAUUCUAUUUGAAGAAACAGGCCACCUCGUUGUCGCAGACUUGGGCGUGGCACAUGUCUUCAUAGAAGAUGAGGAAGAUGCCACAUUUAUGGCGGAUGAAUACCCUCUAUGGGAGGAGAUGAAGUUUAUCAACGACGAUGGGUUUCCGCUUCUUACUCCGAGCAUCGAUAACCCGCACACGAUCAAGGGGGUGGCAGGUACACCCUUUUAUGCUGCUCCAGAGGUGCUUGAGGGUCGACAAUAUAGUUAUGGCGUGGAUUACUAUUCUUUGGCUAUUGUGUAUCACGAAAUGGUGACAGGAUAUGUGCCUAUACAAUGUGGGCCGUGCUUGCCAGGACAAUCGGAGCCAACCAUUACACUUGACCUUGGAAGGAAAGACGUGCAUUUCCAACCGCUAUCAGUUUCAGACUACGACUUUCUAUCCCAGAUGCUAGAUGAGGAUUGUUAUGCUCGCCCGAGUGUAAAGCAAAUGAAGAAUCAUCCGGUUCUUGCAGGAAUCGACUGGGACAAACUCUCUCGUCGUGAGGGCCCGAUACCCCAACCGAAAGUGUUGAGAAAGAGAGUCCCAAUCAGUCCUGGUUUUGAGAGAUGCUUAACCAUUAGGUUUUAA